AAAUUGAUACAUCUCUUUCUCUUUCUCUCUCUAAAAGUAUCUAUCUCUCUAUACAUAAAACAAGAAAUCCAUCAAAAUACCUUUUUGUAUCAAUCAAUCAGUUUCUCCAUUUACAGAAAAUAUUUCAUAUUGAUGGAUCACCAUGUUAAUGAAGAUAAUAUGGACCUCAAAAGAGGUUCAUGGACUGUUGAAGAAGAUUUUACUCUUAUAAAUCACAUCGCUCUUCAUGGCGAAGGCCGUUGGAAUUCCCUCGCUCGAUGUGCUGGUUUGAAAAGAACGGGGAAAAGCUGCAGAUUGAGAUGGCUUAAUUAUCUUCGACCAGAUGUUCGACGAGGAAAUAUUACUCUUGAAGAACAACUCUUGAUUCUUGAACUUCAUUCUCGUUGGGGCAAUCGGUGGUCCAAAAUUGCUCAACAUUUGCCAGGAAGAACUGAUAAUGAGAUCAAGAACUACUGGAGAACUCGAGUGCAAAAGCAUGCUAAACAGCUAAAAUGUGAUGUCAAUAGCAAACAAUUCAAAGAUACAAUACGUUAUCUUUGGAUGCCAAGGCUUGUUGAAAGAAUUCAAGCUUCUUCCAACUCCGCCGCCACCACCUCCAUCACCACCACCAACAACAGUAACAACAACAAUAAUAAUCAUGCAAGUACGAGUGUCACGCAGGAAUAUUCGACUGUGACAGCUUCAUCAGAAAAUUCAAUGGGGACACAAGUUUCACCAGUUUCUGACAUGUCUGAUUGUUGCUACAAUAAUUACCCUAUUAAUCAAAGUGAUUAUGGGGAAUUAUUGAUUAGCCCCACAGGUUACUUUCAACAUGGUGCAUUAGACUUUAGAACAGUGGAUUAUAAUAAUCAGCAAAACAUGAGCCAAUGGAUGGAGGGUACAGAAGAUGUUUCAGACAAUUUGUGGAAUAUUGAGGACAUGUUGUUUUUACAGCAGCAACUCAACAAUUAAUGAUGUCUGAGGUUUAAACAACAUUAGAGUUAACUGAAGUGUAGAAAUAAAAAAUUAGGGUUAUUACUCAUUAUAAUUCACCAAAAGACAGGAAUUUUUCUUUUUUCUUUUUUGUGAGAUAUAUAUUUGCUAGCCUUUGUGAAGAGAUAUUAUAUACAUGCAGAAGUAAUCUGCAUGUAAUACAAUCUUAGAAUUUAUUUUUCUUUUUUGUAGUUAAGGGUUUGAAAGGAUUUGUAACAUUUAAUUUGCUUCUUGUAAACUUUUAUUCUUUAAAUGGAAACUUUCUUUUAUGAGUGCA